GCGUUAUAUCAUGGGUCAGUGUAAUGUCACGCACACUACCAUACAGUCUAUCAGUGUACCCGUGGAGGCGGCCGGGUAAGGUUGCGUCAGUAGAGCUUCGCCAUCAUGAUCCAGGCGACCGUCCUCUCCCGGGUGUCCAGGGUGACCCGCGCCGCCAGGGCCCAGUUGGCUCUGGGGCAUGGGCCAGCAGUCUCCAUUGUUGGCCAGCGCCGUUAUGCCUCCCACGAAGCUGACCUGGUAGUGAUUGGCUCUGGUCCUGGAGGGUAUGUGGCUGCCAUCAAGGCUGCACAGCUGGGCAUGAAGACUGUGUGUGUAGAGAAAAACCCAACUUAUGGUGGAACCUGCCUCAAUGUUGGCUGCAUCCCAUCCAAGGCUCUGCUCAACAACUCCCACUACUACCACAUGGCCAAGAGCAAAGAUUUCCUGGAGCGCGGCAUAGAGGUUGACAAUGUCAAGUUAAACCUGGAAAAGCUGAUGGGUGCCAAGGAUAAGGCAGUGACAGCACUUACAGGAGGCAUUGCCCACCUCUUCAAGAACAACAAGGUCCUAGGACUCAAGGGCCAUGGUAAAAUCGUCAGUCCAACUGAAGUGACAGUUUUAAAGGAAGAUGGGGAGAAUGAUGUGGUCCGCGCCAAGAACAUCCUCAUCGCGACAGGCUCAGAGGUGACACCCUUCCCUGGCAUUGAGGUGGAUGAGGAGACCAUUGUAUCAUCUACUGGUGCGCUUAAGCUGUCUCGGGUCCCUGACAAGAUGGUGUUGAUUGGCGCUGGUGUUAUCGGCCUGGAGCUAGGUUCUGUGUGGUCUCGCCUUGGAGCUCAAGUAACAGCUGUUGAGUUCCUGGACUCAAUCGGGGGGCUUGGCAUUGAUGGUGAGAUCUCCAAGAACUUCCAGCGCAUCCUGACAAAGCAAGGCAUUAAAUUCAAGCUCAGCACAAAGGUCCUGAGUGCCUCAAAAGAAGGGAGCUCUAUUAAGGUUGCUGUUGAAGGGGUAAAGAAUGGCAAG